GAUCUGGCAGUAGUUGUACGUAAUGAAAUCCAACUACUAUCCGCAACUGGAUCCGUUUUAGAAUCUAGAAAACCGUUUUCUUCGUUAAGGGCAAUUACGUACGAUGGUAUCAGGGAUCAGUUUGUUGUCAGCGACACUGACAGAAACAACGACACAAUUUUCACUGUCCGCCUAUCCAAAGAGACUGCUACCGAACCAAUAAUACAUAGUCCUCCCGGUGACGUACAGGGGCUCGCAAUUGAUCCCGUAGAAGAUGUUUUAUAUUGGACGAAAGCUCUCGAGAAUACCAUAGCUUAUGUGAGAUUGAACAGCUCCGAGCACUUUCCUGAAACUUUUAUGGCUUUCACAGAUAUAGCCCCCCAUGCGAUUGCCAUUGAUGUUUGCAAUCGCUACAUUUAUUACACAACAAAUCCCUCAGGCAACAAGCCGACUAUUGAAAGAAGAAAAUUAGACGGCACAGAACACCAAAUUUUAGUUAAUGACACGAUUUGGACUCCGGUAGGUUUAGCGAUCGACUACAAAAAUCAACGACUAUAUUGGGCGGAUAGUAGAAUUGGAUCAUCAACUGGUAGGAUCGAAAGCAUCAGUCUUGAUGGUAAAGAGAGAAAACUCUUCAUGGAAAGAAAUACAGUGCAGCCUUUCGGAUUAGCCGUAGACGAAGAAGCCGUCUAUUGGACCGAUACUAACAACAACGCUUUAUACAAACUAUUAAAAACCGAAACAGAUCCGUCUACAGCCCCUGAGAAAAUUGCGCAUUUUGCAGAUACACCUAUGGGGUUAGUAGCGAAUUUUUUUAUGAACGACUGUAAAGGACUUCCAGAAGCUAUUAAAGAAUAUCAACAACACCAAAUGCAAUCCAACCAAAGUAAAGAAUUUGAUACAGAAGAAGUCUUCCAGUGUUUCAACGGCGGUAUCCUUAAAAACAACACUUGUGAUUGCAAACGUGGCUUUAGGGGGAAAUUCUGCGAAAUAUCCGUCUGCAGCAACGAUUACUGCUUGAACGGAGAUUGCUACCUAUCGUCAUCUGGUAAACCAACAUGUAAUUGCAAUAAAGGUUUUAUUGGUAACAGGUGCCAAAAGAAUAAAUGCGAUACAUACUGCUUAAAUGCAGGAGAAUGUAUUAUCACGUCGUCCAUGAAUACACCUACGUGCAGUUGUCUUGAAGGAUUCAUUGGAAACCGAUGCGAAUACAAUGAAGAAAUUUGUGAUUUGUACUGCAGCAACCAAAAAGACAGCGGAUUUCCCGAUGAAUUUCAAAUAAUGUGCAGGUGCAGUUACAUUUAUUCAGACAGAAACGACAGCUCUCCUCUCCAAUCUUCGUUACAAAGUCAGCCAGAUCUCCUUUCCAAGUUUCAAGAUCCUGUGGUUUACUUGUCGGCCAUCAUUUUAGUUUGUGUAGUGGUUAUCAUCGGCAUGUUAGUGUACAUCCACGUCGUUCAGAAGAAACGGCCCUAGAAUUCAGAAGCGAAUCAUCGUCAGCAAAAACGUCACUCCUCUUACAUAUCGACCACAGCCGAAUACAGAACAGUGCGAGAUUACAAUCGAGAACUGUUGCAACAUGAACAUUUGUGAAAACGCCAUGUUUCGAGCCGACAGGCGAGGACAAGAAGAAACUUCUAAUGAACAUGGAAGGCGAAGAUCUUUACUAA